UAGCCAAGGCCAGUGUGAAAAGAUGGUGUACUUACUAGAGGAAGCAUGCAUUUUUAUUCUCCUAUGAUGCAGUAGUAUGGCCGGAGCUUUGUAAUCCGUUUAUCGAAAUUGUGUUGCGGUAGCAAGAGCCGUUUCAUUCCCACAGCUUUCCUUACGCGUCCUUGGAGAUGGAGAGCCCGGUGAAGGUAACUUGGGUGGUUAUUUUUACCUCUCCCUUUGUUUUUGGACAGCUGCGUUAUACUGUGCCGGAAGAGAAAGAUCCUGGCACCUACAUAGGAAAUGUCGCAACCGAUUUGUCCCUAGAUAUGAAGAAAAUGGCUCUUAGACGAUUUCGAAUAGUUUCUUCAGCUCAGGGCCAGCAUUUUGAUAUAAAUCCGGGGAGUGGUCGAUUAUUGAUAAAAGACCGCCUUGAUCGGGAGCAGCUUUGUGGAACUAACCUUGUAUGCAGUUUGAAUUUUGAAGUUAUGUUGGAAAACCCAGUAGAGCUUCAUCAUGUGGAAGUUAAUAUUUUAGACAUUAAUGACAACGCACCAUCAUUCAGAGGCAAUGAAAUAAAAUUAGAUAUUUCAGAAGCUACAUUGCCUGGGGUUCGUUUCCCAGUUGAGAAGGCAUAUGACCCAGAUAUAGGUACAAAUUCUGUCAGUGUCUACCAGCUAAGCCCAAACAAACAUUUUAUUCUAAAAAAUCCCAACCCCGGGGAAGGUAACGAGUUCCCAGAACUGCUACUAGAAAGAGCACUUGACAGGGAACAUGAGAAAACUCACCUGCUAACAAUGACAGCUUAUGAUGGGGGGUACCAACAACAUUCUGCUGUGGCUAAAAUUAUAGUUAACGUCUUAGAUGCCAAUGACAAUCCUCCUGUAUUCAGCCAGAGUCAGUAUGUUGUAACCCUGGAAGAAAAUGCGUCCAAUGGUAGUUUAGUAAUCAAAUUAAAUGCCACCGAUUUAGAUGAAGGUACAAACGCUGAAAUAGUAUACAGUUAUAGUGCUAGCACAGCUGCAAAGGCACAUGAGCUUUUUAGACUGGACUCGGCUACUGGCGUAAUCACUUUAAAUGGUUCAGUGGAUUUUGAGGAUACCAGCAGGUAUGAACUGUAUAUACUAGCGACAAACAAAGGUCCACGCUCGGAGGUUGCCCUCUGCAAAAUAUUGGUAGAAAUUAUCGAUCUGAAUGACAACGGGCCAGAAAUCAGCGUAACUUCUGUAUCACAUUCAAUCCCUGAAGAUGCUCCUACAGGCACCGUGGUUGCCUUUAUCAGUGUAGCAGAUAAAGACUCUGGUCCUAAUGGACACGUUAGCUGUAAGAUUUCGCAUAACAUUCCCUUUCAACUUAAACCUUCUUUAAAUAAUUACUACACUCUAGUGACCAGUAAUGCUUUGGACCGGGAGCUCGUUUCCGAAUACAACGUGUCUGUUUGGGCUACUGAUCAGGGAUCACCAGUAAGAUCAUCUCAUAGAACCAUCAGGGUUCAUAUUGAAGAUGUCAAUGACAAUCCACCAAGCUUUUCUGAAACCACUUUUGAGAUAUAUGUGACUGAAAAUAACUUCCCAGGAGCGGCAGUGGGUAGGGUAAAUGCCGAGGACCCAGAUUUAGGAAAAAAUGCAGAUAUUUCAUACAUAUUCGUCGGAAAUCAAUUAAAUAAUGAGCCUUCCUCCACUUGUUUCUCGGUUGGCAGAGAGGAUGGCGUCAUAUAUGCGCUGACGUCAUUGGAUUAUGAAAAAAUGAGAGAGUACCAGUUUCGUAUAAAAGGUCUAGAUGCAGGUAUCCCACAGCUAAGUGGAGCCGUUAAUAUAAAGGUGUAUGUAAUAGAUGCAAAUGAUAAUACCCCAGAAAUUCUGUAUCCCUUUCCAGGGAAAGAUUUGGAAGGAGCAAACAGUGUACCCCGAUCUGCAAAUGCGGGGCAUUUAGUAGCAAAAGUGUUAGCUGUUGAUGCCGACGUUGGAUUUAAUGCUUGGAUUUCUUAUCAGCUUCUUAAAUCAGAUGUAUCUGAACUCUUUAGCAUAUCCAAGUACACCGGAGAAAUACGAACUGCAAGACAAAUCCAGAGUAACGACUCAUCAGUUCACAAUCUUGUAAUCAUGGUAAAGGACAAUGGGCGACCAUCACUGUCAGCCUCAACAGUUAUACACUUAGCAUUGACUGACAGCGUCCCAGAUGCUCGUCCGAAAGUCAAUAUGCCGCAGACUGGCGGUGAAGAAAGCAUUUCAGACCUUAAUCUCUAUCUGAUCAUCUGCUUACUGUCAGUUCUUUUUUUGUUCUUUGUGGUUGUUUCUAUUACGGUUGCAUUACGGUGCUACAACUCUGCAAACAUGGGACUUCAGUCUAACUUCUGUAGCAGAUGGAAAACGGAUACAAAUAGUACAUAUCAACAAAGGAAUGCCUUUGUACAAUCUCAUGGUAGUCAGGGUCUUCAGGCGUAUGUGGAAGUACAUGGAGGCAGAUCUAUUUAUAAAGUAGACACCUACAGAAUUUCUGUACCUCAGGAGCUGAAGGAUGAUUUUAUUACCAUAGACUUCCCGAGUGCAAAUAAUUCAAAUCCAUGUCAUCAGCAGUUCCAGGAACUGUGUCUUCUUUCUGAGGAUAACAUUGGACCCAUUUUAUCUUCGGAGGUAAGAAAAUAUACCCGUCUUCUAAGUUGCUCGUUUAUCUGCCUAUCGGUCUGA